AUGGCCUCGUUUGCUUACGACCAGGCUGUUUUUAGUGGAAUUAUUGUGUCCAAGGACUUCCUGCAGACCAUGAACCAUCCGGAUGCCAACAUGCAGGGAACUAUCACCUCGCUUUACAAUGUCGGCUGUUUCUUCGGUGCCGUCUCGGGUUCCCUCAUAGGCUCAUACCUAGGACGCAAGCGAUCUGUUGUUCUGGGUACUACCGUUCUGGUAAUUGGAGCCAUCUUGCAGAUCUCGGCGUUCAGUGUGCCCCAUAUGAUUGUUGGGCGCUUAGUCGCUGGCCUCGGAGACGGUCUCAACACGGCAACUGCCCCCGUUUGGCAAAGUGAGACUACAAAAGCUGAAUGGCGGGGCAAACUGGUCGUCCUGGGUCUGGUCGUCAAUGUUGCCGGGUUUUCUCUAGCUAACUGGGUCACCUUUGGCUUUUCUUACUUGCAAGGCAGCAUUUCUUGGCGGCUUCCUCUUGCCUUCAAAUUGCUCUUCUGCCUUGUCAUUCUCUGCAAAUCCCCUUGGCUGCCUGAGUCUCCUAGAUGGCUCAUCUCCAAAGGUCGCAUUGAGGAAGCUGAUGUUCAUAAUGUUAAGAAUGUUGGCACCGAAGGUGAAAAGGCUAAGCAUACUGUAUCUCACUCUGAGAACUAA